AUGCAGGAUCCGGGGCCAGACAUGAGGAUGGAGGCCGGGGAGGCAGCGCCGCCGGCGGGCGCGGGCGGCCGCGCUGCGGGCGGCUGGGGCAAGUGGGUGCGGCUCAACGUCGGGGGCACGGUGUUCCUGACCACCCGGCAGACCCUGUGCCGGGAGCAGAAGUCCUUCCUCAGCCGCCUGUGCCAGGGGGAAGAGCUGCAGUCGGACCGGGACGAGACCGGGGCAUACCUCAUUGACCGCGACCCCACCUACUUCGGGCCCAUCCUGAACUUCCUCCGGCAUGGCAAGCUGGUGCUGGACAAGGACAUGGCUGAGGAGGGGGUCCUGGAGGAAGCCGAGUUCUACAACAUUGGCCCGCUGAUUCGCAUCAUCAAAGACCGGAUGGAGGAGAAGGACUACACUGUCACGCAGGUCCCGCCCAAGCACGUGUACCGCGUGCUGCAGUGCCAGGAGGAGGAGCUCACGCAGAUGGUCUCCACCAUGUCUGAUGGCUGGCGCUUUGAGCAGCUGGUGAACAUCGGCUCCUCCUACAACUACGGCAGCGAGGACCAGGCGGAAUUCCUGUGUGUGGUGUCCAAGGAGCUCCACAGCUCCCCGCACGGGCUGAGCUCCGAGUCCAGCCGCAAAACCAAGAGCACGGAGGAGCAGCUGGAGGAGGAGCGGCAGCAGGAGGAGGAGGAGGAGGUGGAGGUGGAACAGGUGCAGGUGGAGGCAGAUACACAGGAGAAAGCCCAGUCAUCUCAGGAUCCCGCUAACCUUUUCUCCCUCCCACCACCGCCUCCUCCUCCUCCGCUUCCCGCUGGAGGUCCUGCCUCAUCUUCAUCCACCUCUUCUUCCUCCUGGAUCUCAUCUGCACCCUGCCUCUUCCCUCUCUGCCCCUGUCCGGGUUUUCUCUCUGCCUGCUCACGCCUCCAUCCCGGGGCCACCCUGGUCCCAGGCGCCCCGGCCUUGCAUCUCAGGGCACCCUGCCUGCCGCCUCCUGCACCCCUCCUGGCAGCUCCUGCCUCCUGGCCUGGGGCGCAGGCAUGCAGCUGCACCACCUCUGCGCCUGCCCCGCCCACCGGGCACCUCUGAGGCUGGGCCGCCUGCCCCAGCGCCUCGCCUCCUCGCCUCCUCGCCUCCUCGCCUCCUGCUCACGUUUCCUCCUUGCAGGUUCCCGUCUGCACCCCUCAGACCUGAGGCUGCGCUGGCAGUGAGGGCCUUGCCCGCCCCCAGAGCUGCCGCCCCUGGUUUGUAGCUUGGCGGAGCUGCAGGGAGGGGCGGAGGCCAGGAGGGUGCUCAUCUCUUGUUCCUUGGACUCAGGCUGAACUUUUGGCUGAUUUUCUCCCCUCACCAAAGUUUCUCGGCCUGUCUUGGCCCUGGGUAUGAGGCUCUGAGAGGAGGAGAGAGUUAGGGGUGGGCACAGUGCUGUCUGCCCUUUGGCGCCAGAGGAGUCCGGGACGGAGGGAGGGGAGACAAGCUGGGUGCCCCGGCCUCCGCCUGCACACGGGAGCUCCUGCUGUGCAGUGCGAGGCACCGGGCUCCCUGCCUCCGCGGGGGUGGGAAGGACAGGAGUCAGCCGGAGCCGGCUAUGGAGGCUGUGGAUCGGGGUGUGGCAGAAAGAAGUCCUGCUUAGGUGCCCAGAAGCCCAGAGGGGGAAGUCACUGUCCCUCUACAAUGUUAGUUGCCUCUAAAGUGGGGACAGCAGCUGCCCUCUGUGACCUGUCUCUUGGCCUUGACCCCCUGGCCGAGAGUCUUGGCAGAAUCUGGCCUCCCAGGCAGCCACCACCAGCCCAGGAUGGGGACUGGGGAUCCCAGACAGGCGAGCUUGGUCCCUUUCCUGCUCACCCUCCUUCUGGGCUCUGAAUCCACCUUCUCUGGGCCUCAGCCCCCCUCUCUCCUCCCACAAGGGACCUGUGACUCACCUACCUCUUUCUCUCUCCCUCUCUCCCCCCCCCCCUCCCUCCAUUUCAACCUCCUCUCUGUCCUGGCCCCUCAU